UUUCGUCCCUUUCUCUGUCUUCCUUCUCCCUUUUUUUACAGGGCGCUUUUCCCUUUUUCGUGUGUGUGAAGAGAGAGAGUGCAUACAGGUGUAGAGGACGCCCAGACAUCGAGACGGAACAGGAUUCUUCAUCGUCUUCAGCUAUUUGGAAGAAGGAGUAGAAGGUGACGGUGUGUGUUUGGAGACGUGUAAUCAUCAUGUCUUAUAACACUUCCUUGCUCAUUUUUCUCUGCUUCUCUGCCGUCUCUCUAUCCACACAGUCUUUCGCCGUUUAUCGAUUAUUACCCAAAUCACAGACGGAUUUUCAAGCUAUACAGAGGUUAUACAAAAAUGCGACGGAUCAUGAUUUAAACUUCUGGAAAACGGGCAAGGACAAGCACGGGUUUUGGGAUGUGAUGGUGGAUAUGAAGAAUUCGAAAUAUUUUUUGGACUUUCUACAAGUAAAUGAUAUUUCUUACAUAAAGACGAUUGAUGACGUGGAGGGAUUAAUAACAAAGCACGAGAACAACAAGACCCUCUCGAACAUGUUCCCCCGUCUGUGGGAUGACUCCUCGUCUGCUCACUAUGACUUCCACACCUAUGGAUCCUAUCAGCGAAUGACUGAUUGGAUGAAGCAGCUGGUGGUGAAGUAUCCAAAGAUGGUUCAGUAUAUAUCGAUUGGAAAAACUACGGAGGGCAGGAAUAUCGAUGGAGUUGAGAUCGGCGGAGACUCCCGCACCAAAAAGAUUUUCUGGAUCGAUGGAGGUAUUCAUGCUCGAGAAUGGGCGGCCCCGCACACGGCUCUCUUUUUCAUCCAUCAGCUUACCUCCCGCGCAAACGAGCCCGGAAUCAAGAAAUUGCUGAACGAGAUCACAUUUGUAGUGGUUCCCUGCUUGAAUCCAGAUGGCUAUGAGUUCACGAGAUCCUCCACAAAUCCACAUGUUCGUCUGUGGCGUAAGAAUCGCUCGAAAAUGCAAUGCCGUAAGGACAUUUGGGGACGCAAUCGCUGCUGUCGCGGUGUCGAUUUGAAUCGUAAUUUCGAUUUCCACUUCAGAGAAAGCGGUACAAGCGACGACCCGUGCUCCGAGAUCUACCAGGGACCCUCUCCAUUCAGUGAGCCCGAGGCAAAAGCCGUACGGGACGCGUUGUUGUCGCAGAGAUAUAAGGGAAGAACCGACGCCUAUAUCACACUACACACUUAUUCACAGAUUUGGAUUCAUCCAUAUGGUCACAAGAAGGAUGCAUAUCCAGGAGAUAUUAAGGAUUUGUACGAAGUUGGCAAAAAAGCUGCUCAGGCUCUGAAACGGGUUUACGGCACAAAAUACGUAGUCGGAAGCGGUGCGGACACGCUCUACCCGGCGUCUGGAGGAUCUGAAGAUUGGGCAAAGCACGAGGCGAAGGUCAAAUUUGUGUACCUUCUAGAAUUGAGGCCCGACGAGAAAAACUGGGAUGGGUUCAUACUGGACGAGAAGGAGCUGAUCCCGACGGCUCGGGAAACUUGGGAAGGUGUCCGAGUUGUGGCGGAAGCUGUGCUCGAUCGGAUAGUUGCCGGCAAGUCGACGGCUCCAAGAGAAGCCCCAAAAGCUCGCGGAUUCCGAUUCGGCGACGGCACCGAAGGAUCAUGUUUCGAUGUCCGACACGCGUGCAAACGAUGGGUUCAGGAACGGGAGGAGCUGUGCAGGACGGUGCCAAUUUUCAUGCGCGAGAACUGUGCCUACUCUUGCAAUUUCUGUUGAUUUUUUUGGUGUGCCACUUCUUUUUUUCUGUACAUAUAUCCAUUUUGUCUUCUACAUACAUAUAUAUAUGUAUAUGAAAUGUUUAAAAACCUAAA